AAAGGAGAGCCGUUAGAAAGUCAGAAAUCCGCAGUCUUCGCCCUUCAGUUGACAGUCGAUGAAGCGGCUAAACUAGCUUCCCCACCGCCACCAUGGGUCCCGAGGUGCUGCAGAAGAAGCUCGAGGAGGAGGUGGAGGCCUACAAGAAGAUCCAGAAGGAUGUAUCAAAAACAUCAGGCUUAAGGACGCAACUUGAUGUGCAGCUUAACGAAAAUAAAGUAGUAAAGGAGGAGCUUGACUUAAUUAAUGAAGAGAAUGUGGUGUACAAGCUGAUUGGACCAGCACUCAUCCGCCAAGACCUGGAGGAGGCGCGGCAGAAUGUGAGCAAGCGAGUGGACUACAUACAGCAGGAAAUUAAGCGACAUGGAAAUACUAUCGAAAAAUUAGAAAAGGACGCUGAAUCUAAAAGGGAUAAUAUUGGAAAGUACCAACAACAACUACAACAAAUGAUGAUGAAGCAAGCAGGGAAGUGAAGGACUGACGCACUAAAUAGCAUUAAGGAUGAAAAGUGUUAAGCCUAAUCUCAAUUUUUUUCGAUGCUUGGUUUUGUGUAUUUUUUCGAUUUUUACUAUUUUGUCAGUUUUGCCUCAACCUGUAGAAUGUCUUAAAUACAGAAAAUUAAGAUCACGUAACUAAGAAUUAUGUCGGCGCUGCAUAUCAUCGCAAAGAUGAAUAAAUUGAUACUUCCUAAAGAUAUUGAGUAGUUUGGACACCUAUAAUGCAAGUUAAUGGAUAUUUUGCAUUUUUCAAGUUAUUUAAUAAUGUCUCGAUAUUAACACCUGCUUAUUCGUUUUGAAGAGCUGUAUGUUUGAAGGAGUAAAUCAUCCCAAUACAAUUGGAUACUUUGCUUAUUAAACCCUUGGAACUUC